AAGAUGUUGUAACGGUACAAAUAAAUGGCAAUGAUGUGGAGUACAUGCAACGAGGAAUGGAUCUCAGUUUCUUCUACAGGUCUGCUGAAUGGGAUCUUCUAUCACUUAGCUCACAACGACAUUCAGUAUUAUAUGCAUCAUGUUGUGGUCCUGAAAAAUAUGUGGAUAUCACUUAUUAUUUCGGUCUAAGAGUUUUUUAUUAUUUUGUUGCAACUAUUGAACGAGGACCUGUAGUGAAAUUUGCCUGCGUGUAUCUUCAUCGCUUCAAGCGAAUCAAACCGGACAUUGAAUUAUUCACUUUGAGAGACUUUUGCUGCUAUGGAAGGAGAAAAACCCUGUUUUUCACCUGCAACCUCAUCAUUCCCUGUUUUCUUAUUUCUAUUCUCACAACGUUCGUAUUUUAUUUGUCGGAUCAUAAAAUUACCUUUUCUAUCAGCAUUCUCGUCACGCUCACUGUCUUCUUCUUGGUCUUAAUCGAUCUUAUGCCUCCAACAUCGCUAGUUAUUCCCAUGUUUGGAAGAUAUCUCAUAACUACUAUGAUAUUGGUCGCCCUAUCUACAGUGGUCUCCGUAGUCACCGUAAAUUUCCGAUUCCGAUCGGGAUCCGCUCAUAAGAUGUCACCAUGGAUUCGUGCUGUGUUUCUAAACUUUUUACCAAGAGUAUUGUUCAUGUCGCGCCCGUUGAAAAAGGAUCAAUCGAAACCUUCACCAACGCUCGUUGACCCUACAUCAUUGGUAGAAAGGCCACUCAAAGACGAAUCCAAAGUGCCAAGUUCGACACAACCAAAUGCUGCCAGAUUAAAAUUGCCUGCAUAUCCCGGGUAUCUUCGAGAGAAAACCACUUGUCAAGAUGUGCUCAACAAUGCCUUCGGCGUAAAAGGAGAACAAAAGAGUACUAGGAUAGCUACCCCGAUGAAACCGCUGAACGCGGGAAGCUCGAACAACUCAGCGCCGAGGGUAGUCUUCCGAAAGACAAAGAAAGCAAAAGGGCGAGUGGAUGAUGUCAUCUUCAUAAAUCUCUUACAACAAGUACGCUUUAUCGCUGAACAUUUCCAACACAACGAACGGGAAAGUGAAAUUUCCGACGAUUGGACCUUUGUCGCAAUGGUACUAGAUCGACUCUUCUUGCUCAUAUUUUCGGUACUAAAUGUGGGAACGAUGUUCAUCAUUCUGGAGGCCCCUUCACUUUACGAUUAUUCGGAAGCAAUGAAUAUAACGGUGCCGAGCAAGCCACUCGGACAAGCUAAUCUCUUUGGUAGUCAUUCACGUAGUAUGUAGAG